AUGGAGGAGAAGAUCAAGCCCGCAUCAGAGGCAGUGGUGAAGUUCGUUGAGGAGGCCGGGCGCAUGACGAAUGGACCUGGUUCGGUGAUAUCUUUGGUUAUGUUCGAUCACGAAGCGAAGACAACCCUCCGAGAAUCCGCACUCAUCCGGGGUGACGUCGAAAGGGCAAUCCAAUAUACGGGUGGUGGAACAAACUUUACCGAGCCUCUAGUUGCAGCAUUGCAGCUGGUGAAGGAGACCAAGGAUGAGUACCACAAGCACUUUAUCCUGUUGUACACUGAUGGGGACGAGGAGUUCCCGGGUGAGGCUGCGCAAGAGGUGCAAAGUUUCAGGGCCGAAUAUUCCAAGAAGUUGGAGUUCUUUGCGAUUUCCGAAGACUCCUACACAACUAUGCGCAAGGUAUGCUCUACACUCUAUGAUCAAGCAGAGGUUGGAGACCACUGCGUGGAGAAUAUUCAACCACAGCCAAUUGCCAAAGUAGCAGAUGAUGGCAGCCUGGAGGCUUGUUCCCCCGAGCCCGCACGCCCUCUGACGGCGACUGUGAGCGACCGGCCCACGCCCAGCAGGGGCAACACGCCGAAGAAGACGCCAAAGCAGCGUCGCACUCGAAGUUCUCUUGCCAGUGCCAUCACUGCCACCCAGCCGGAUGUCGUGAGCCCGGUAGCGACCGAGAUCGACUCUGAUGCCGAGAGUGCUGUGAGGUCUCGAUCGCAGAGCAGAAAGGGUCCCGAGGCUUCUAAGAUCGAUGUCGAGGGUGUCGAGAUCACCGACGCCAUCGAGCUCAAGAGGCAUGAGCCGGCAAAACCAGUGGCCCAACACGCCGAGGAGCCUUUGGCCAGAGCUCGGCGCACCAGGAAUCUGCCAACUGCAUCAGAAGACGACUUGCUGGCGAUGCUGCAGGUUCCUGCACCUUCGACCGGCACUGAUGCAGCUACAGCUGCCACCCCGAAUCCGCCAGCGGCAUGCGACGACCGUGCGGAGGCCGCGGCCGCGGCGGCGCGCUUUGCCGCCGAGGCCUCGGCGCAGGCUCCUCCAGAGGCGGAGGAGGAGGAUUGCACCUGGGUAACCGGCGGAGUGGUUCGGCCUUUGGAGCGACUUAUGUUCGGCGAGUCUCCACGCCGCCUCUCUCGCGGAAGCCGCAUCCUUGGCGCACUGCUGGACACGCCCCCCGACGUCGAGGAGUCGCCCAGCGCCGCAAGCAAAGCGCGUCCGAGCAAGAAGGCCAAGCGAGACGCUGCUGCCCUCGCCCCUGCGGCCAGCGCCAAAGCUGUGAGCAACCAAAGACCCGAUGAUGCUAGCGGCCGCCCCAUUUCUGUGAACGAUAUGCGGCGGGCCAUGGAAUCCACCUGGCAAAAGCAGGGCCGGUCCGGACGAGCGCAGAUCGAGCGCCGUGCGAUUUGGUUUCUCGAGCAGCCGGGCCCGCAUGGCUGCGACACGGAGCUGAGCCGUGUAGCCGUGGAGGAGGAGGCCUUCUUGGAUUCUGCCUUGGAAGCAGCUCUGGAUGGACUGCGGAAGAAGGGAGUUUCUCGGGGUGGUCCUGCCGCG